GCUUCAAUCGACCUCGGAGUAUGCCUGGUGGAGAUCUGUCGUGGAUAUGGUAUCCUUACAACAUGGUGCCGUAUGCUUUGAUCGAUUAUGUGUACGGAACGAAGAUUUAUGAAAAUGGUGACGGAUGGACCAAUGCUCAAGCCCUCAUGAACCUCAUCGAGGCGAUGCUCAAUGUAGAAUACAUCUACCUCCGACACACCUCUCCCAAAACACUCCAUUUGACGAAAGGGGACGAAGGUCGACCGAGAUACCAUGCGCAUGCGCCUCUGGUUGGCUUCGCAGCAUCUUUGAUGACAUUGGCGAAGACUGCGCUUUACUUUCUUCAAGACUAUUAUUGUGGUUGGUGUUUCUCGGGACACAACACUCGGCAGAGGUUCUGGCAAUACUAUGUGGCGCCGAAUGGGUCAGUGGCCGAGCUUUUUCUGCCUCAAGUCUGACCCAUUGCAGUGUCUGGCUCGUUAUGCCCUUCAUAACCUGCAUCGUCCUCGGCAUCUUCAUUUCCAACGCUUUACUCCGUGAUGUUUCCAAUCAAGUAGCCUACGCUGAAUGGAAUGUCGCACCCGCCACCUCCAACGUGACCACCUCAAAGACCGAGACGGUUCCCGUGCCAGUGACUGAGUCUGUCGGACAGUCUCCUCGGGGGAAGACUCGGGCGUCCAAAGCCUCUUCAUCAGGAACCUUCACGCUCCUCGAAGCUGGCGCCAACGUGUUGAUCGUUUCUCCCGAUCCGCUCGUCAAGGCACACGAUGAAAUUCAGCAUAGGGUCAAGGAAAAUGGUGUCAAGUACUUUCAAAUUGAUUUUGUGAAUAUCGCUCAAUGGACAAUGUUUAUCAAGGAAAAAAAGGCGGCUUUGGUCUGUGUGACAGAUACGUUGAUUGGAUCAGCAGAGAGGAAGGAAGCUUCAGUGGAAACGAUUUCAGACGCAUGCAGGAGUUUAGGAACGCCCAUCAAUGUCUCUGAUCAUCCUGGGCUCUCGACGUUUAGUUAUCCGGCAACGCAUCGUUUUGAAGGAGAAUCUGGUCCGAGCAAUCUGCAGAUCAGUAUAUCGACGAAUGGCAAAGGAUGUAGGCUUGGAGGAAGGCUGAAGAGAGAGAUUAUAUCGAAGCUGCCAUCAAAUGUCGGCGCUGCUGUGGACAACGUGGGCAAGCUGAGGAUAUUAGCGAAGGAGAAGAGCUUCAAGGGGAAGCAAAUCUCGCGGGACAUCUCAGAAGAUGACCCUCACACGCCUUUGAACGAACCGGUGGAGCAGCUCGGUACACCAUCACUCCUCACACAGGUCACUAAGGAGUUGGGCAAGGGGUAUUUCCCACCGACCGAUCGUGAGGACCAAAGUCAAUUACGGAGAAUGCGUUGGGUCCACCAGAUGAGCGAGUAUUAUUCCAUCGAGGCUCUGGCGAGGAUGACAGAGACAGAGAUGGAAAAUGCCCUGGAUACCUGGCAAGGGAUCCCAACUCCAUCACAGCCCGUUCUGCCACACCAUGAUGGUCAUCCGAUUCAGCAACUGGGUAAAGCUUCUUCUCGUUCUCGCAAAGGUCGAAUCCUCCUGAUUGGAUCCGGACCAGGUCAUCCUGGCCUGUUGACUGUGGCGGCACAUCGAGCACUUCAAUCUGCCACUCUCAUACUGUCAGACAAGCUGGUCCCUGCGGAAGUCUUGUCUCUGAUUCCAUCCUCUACCAAUCUUCACAUUGCCAAGAAAUUCCCAGGAAACAAUGAAGGCGCACAGAACGAGCUCAUGAUUCAAGCUUUGGCCGCUGCUCAACAAGGCGAAACAGUCGUGCGACUCAAACAAGGUGACCCAUUCGUGUAUGGUCGCGGUGGAGAAGAGGUUCUUUACUUCCGCGAGCACGGCUAUGAAGCGAUUGUCAUACCGGGAGUCACGUCGGCGAUCGCUGGACCCGAAAUGGUUGGCAUACCCAUCACUCAACGGGGCGUAGCGGAAAGUAUGGUCCUAUGUACUGGAGUCGGAAGAGCUGGUAAAUCCAUCUCCUUACCCGGAUACGUCAAGCCCAGAUCGUUGGUCAUCUUGAUGGGCGUUGCUAGAAUUGGAUCCAUCGUGCAGACAUUGGUGGAUCGAGAUUCAACAGGUCGAGAUGGAGCCGCGUAUCCCGAUUACUUACCGAUAGCAGUGAUCGAAAGGGCCAGUUCGCCGGAUCAACGGGUCAUUGUCAGUACGCUGAAAGCCAUCGAGGCUGGUCUACAGAGUAUGGAAGAGCGGCCGCCAGGGAUGAUGGUCGUUGGAUGGGCGGUCUUGGCAUUGGAAGGGAAGGGCAGGGUGGAUGUCUUGGAUCGUCCGGGUGAAGAAGAGAUCAUAUCGAACGAGUGGAUGGGCGAAGACAGAUGGCGAGUCGUAGAUGGUCUAUCAGAGGGCUUUGCAGAGUAUCUAGACGAAGUAGGAUUAGCAUAGCAGUGCACGUGGAUUUCCCACGUGUGAUGCUGCGCAUUACAUAAUCCUAUUCACCCCUUUGCCCCUGCCGAGCAACCUGAAAUAACCCCUUUCCUCAAUUCCUUCAUCAUCAUCAUUCACGCCACCUCUGGACCAUUCGCGUCAAUUGGACGGACUGCCUU